CGGGGCGGUGCGAGGGGCGCCCGCGGCUCCCGCCGCGCCCCCAUGCGCGGGGUGCGGGGACCCGGCCCGCCGGGGGGCUGCGGCCGGGGGCUGCUCGUCCUGGGGAAAGGACUGUCCAGAGGUUCCCCAAAUCGGUGUCUCUCUGGAAAAAGUGGAGUGUCUCUUCCAUCAGUUUUUGCAAGAAAUGUGCAAGAAGCCAUUGACAAUUAUACUUGUGAAACACUCUCACCACUUUCAUGUAGUGGUUGUACAACACCCACGGAGUUGAAUAAUUCUUGGUCUGGAAUAAACAGCUAUACUACUAGUUUGUCUACUGAAAGAAGUUCGGUUUACUCCUGGAGAGAUGAUGAAUUUGAUAAAGCUAACACACAGAGAGUGCAUCAGUUAUUUUGGGAGAUUGAUGAAAUGCUGUUUGAAGGAAAAGUGACCUCCCAAACAGAGAACCUGGAGGCAGAAUGUGCAGAUUGGAGUGAGCAAUUUCCUCAUAUAAGGGUUCUAGGAAAGCAGCUCCUAGUGCCAAAGGAUGAAGGCUUUCAGCAUUUUCAAAGCAGAAGUGAUGCCCAUGUUGAUACUAAGUGUGUGCCUGGCCUCCUUGAAUGUACUGGUAAUACAAAAGAGCUCUGCAUCUCAGGCUCUAAACUGAUCCCAACAGCAUCUCCAAUACAUAAAACAUCGGAUUCAAGUUCCACUAGGAUUUCUGCUUCAGACUCAGCCGUGUAUUCCUUCCUGGAAGAAGAAGUUUAUGAUGAGGAUGGAAAAAUAGAGGAAUAUCUUGCCUUUGACAACAAGGAACUUGACGAUGAGAUUUGGGAACAAAAGAAAAUGCGUCUUUCUGAGAAGAGGUGUAAGCGUGGCAUUCCCCCUGUUUCUCCCAAUGCCUGUAUCAAAGAUGCUGUGGCUUCUGAAGUAUUUGAUCAUAUCUGGAGUAACGUCAUUGGAAUAUUGGAGGAACUGAUUAAAAAAAUUUGGGAAACUAGUGUCCCAGAGUGUGACAAACAAAUAGAAAAACUGAAGACUGUUACAGCAAAACUGCCGCAUUUGCCUGUCAUUCAUAUUACAACAGAUGCUGGGAGCAUUCCUCUUUCCAGAGGCUCUGAAGUACGAAGUGUAUCUUUUGGGGCUCAUUCUAUUUCAUCACAGGGUCACCAUUUCUCCAGCAACUUCUGUAAUGAUUUGGAUGGUGUGAUGACAAUUCAAGCAAAACCACUCCAACAGAGGCAUGCUGCCACAGCAGAAAAAAUACCGAAUGAGCAAGAAGACAAACAGCAUAGCAUUACCUCCUGUGCUCCAAAUUCAGCACAUGCUAGGCUGGGAAGAAUUUCUGAUAACAGUGUUCUUUCAUCAUCUCCGGCACUGCUGGCAUCUUCUAGGAAACUACCAAGGUUGCCUUCUCUCACCUCUGACCAGCCCUGCUCAGAAGUUCCUAAUAUGUACAAUGAUGAAAUCCAUAAGGGGAUGAAAUUGGUUGGUGGCUGGGAUCGUUUAUCUUCUGCUCGUGUGCCUGCAACCCGGAACAAGUUACCACCCAUAAACUCUGAGGCUGUUGAACAGUAUGUUUCAGUACCUCGAAUGCAACCCAGCUCUCGUCAAGAACGAUAUGCUCAUAGCAGAGUGUCAAGUGCAGUGGCUGGCAGGACAGAGCAACAUCCACUUAGAGAAAGAACUGUUACUGUUGAUCAAUUUUCAAGGCCCAACACAACUCAUACAUUCAGGAGAGACACACGUCAGAAGAAGUCACUGACUCCCACGAAUUUUGCUAACCACAGAAGGACGGGUCAAGGAUUUUUGAUAACAGGUUCACAGAAUUUCUCCAGAUCCUUUCAGAGAAAUCCUCCAACUUCAAGGAAGAAAUUUCAGAUUGCUUCUUAACCUGUUUUAGGAAGAAAUAGAAACCCUCUGCACUGAAUGAAAGACUGAAGCACUAAAUUGGCCACUUAGUAUCUUGUGUAACAAAGAAGGUGUGCAUUAUGCCGGUGUCUGCUGAGCCUUGCAAUCCUCAGGAUGCCUGCAUUACCUUCUUUUAAAAUUAUUUGACCAGAGGUUAGAUUAAAAUUUGGAGCAAAAUGAAAUAAAUGGUUGAGGUGUCGGCUCUGUUGGCAGUA